AUGACGGACACUUACAAAAAAAGCAAAGGAAACGCCGGCCUCGACGGUGUCCAAUUCCAACUGAAUCUACUGACUGUGGUUUUGCUGAAUGCUCUUCGCAACCGAAAGAACUGGAAGAUCUCCACGGAGAACCAGCAGGCCGGAAAGUUCGACGACCUCGUGCUCGAACUGGAAGACAAAUGCGUUUUGCUGCAAGCGAAGUUCAAACAGAGCAAGAAAAUCAACAAGGACCAAAUCUUUUCCUGCAACUCUAAGACCUCCGACUUCAGUCUCCCCAAAUACUUUUUCUCGUACCUCGAGGUUAAGUCUGAGUCCAUGGAGAAGACUGUCAUUGUUUGCACCAAUACAAAUAUCGACGGGAAAGGCCUGAAGGGUUUUUUGACUCGUCGCAUUACCGGACCCGACAGCACGCUACACUACGAAGGAGCCCCAUGCCAGUUUUUUACGUUUAAUGAGAACAUCCUGCCUGAUUUAAAAACCAGCGUGGAGAUUUACCUCGAUAAGAAUUUACAAGGCAAGGGAUUUGAAAAAGAAGCGGUGACGGAGGAAAACAUGAAGGACUUCUUGGAUCAUUUACAAUUUUUCUCAAGUUACCCGAACAGGGAUAAAUUAGACAAAAUUAUUGAACAAUUAUUAUUCCGCCUGAACAAUUCCAGUUUAUAUCGUAGGGUGUCCUCCCAAGAGUUGUAUAAGAAGGUAGAAGAUUGGUUCAAACAGCCAAAGGGUGAAUAUCUAACGGAGGACCGAGCUAGAGCCAUGUUCAGCGAGAUAAAAAGCGACAAGUACCGCGAAGAAUUGAAUAACUACAACGUGUCGUUUAAGCAUAACAACGUUGACUUUGCGGAUCCGAAGAGAAUUUUCCAAAUCAAUUCGGAAGGAGGACGUUUGUUGCGAGCGUUGAAAGUUUGUGGUGUUCUAGAAAGCGAGGGAAGCAAGCAACUGUACGUAAAUCCGGACGGUGAAGUAGACGAACAGAAAUGCGUCGUAGAGGCAUUUGGACUUCCCCGCUACACCUUUUUGAUAAUAGUUGGGAUCAAAAUCACCGAGGAAACCGCGAUAAGGGAAUUAAGUAACAAAUUAAAGGAUGUAUUGGAGAAAUAUAGUUUUAAAAAAGUUAUUUUCGUGGACGAUUCUAGCGAUGGACUGGGCCAACAAAUUGGACUGAAUAUUUCACACGUCGAUGGUUACGUGUCGUUCAAGGAUCUCUCAGAUGAGUGCCAGGACAGGUUAGUAAAAGACCAACGUAUAGUUUUCCAAGGGAAGCAGGUCAGCUUAGAAGAGUUAUUAGCAACGCAGGCUCGUGAAGUUUGGGCGAGGGCUAUAAAUUCCGAAAUCCUAGAAAAGCUGAUCAGAAAGAAAGAAAUCAAAGUGGGUGAACGACCUUUUGACCUAAACGAACGCAACUCGCAGUACUAUAUAUCUCGUACCUUUAAAAGGCAGCAAGAAACAUGUCGAGAGGUGACAAUCUCUUUAAAUCUAGAUGAAGAGAGCUGUAAUAACGAAGAAGUUUAUUCAGAAGAGGACAUUUAUGAUAUGGUCGAAGACGUGAUACUUAUCUCGGACGUUGCGGGAACUGGAAAGAGCACCGUCCUUACUAACCUAGCAGCGACUAUAAAAGACAAAAAUCCUCACUUGUGGGUGAUCAAAAUCGAACUCGCCGAAUAUACCACCAUCUUAAGAGACUCGUUAAACAAUAGAGAGGGAUCUAUAAGCGCAAUGAAACUAUUAAAUUCUAAAAAGGCGACAGAACUGACGAACCAUUUAGAAAGGUUUGUGUUCUCUAUGAACAAAAAGGUCGUGUUGAUGCUCGACGGUAUCGACGAGAUCAGUCCUGAUUACACUGAGCUCGUUCUCGACUUACUGGCGCAGUGCCGACAAGCAGCCAACUUUGACAAACUCUUCGUUGCGACAAGGCCUCACAUGAUUCUAAAAUUGGAAGAAGUUUUGAGGGUGAAGCCGUUCGUGUUGCAACCGUUCACCGAACAGAACCAGGUGGACUUUCUCGCUAGUUAUUGGAUGCACAAUCUCGGCACGGACGGUGAGGAUGAAAGAAAGUACGAGCGGUACGCCAGGGCGCUAGUAAACAGAAUGACAUCUUGGACAAAAGGGUAUGGCGACAAGGAAGACGACUUUACGGCGAUCCCUCUGCAGUUGAGAAUGCUAGCGGAGAUCUUCCAAGAAGACACGAAAUCGGAAGAAUUAGUCUGGCAAGGAUGCAAAGAGUACUUAAAGGAUACUAGAACAGAACUGAAAUUGCCAGAGAAAAUGGUAAUUAAGGAAUUGUACGAUACGUUUAUAGAGAAAAAAAGGAACAUCUACGUAUACAAAGGAAAUCCGUGUGGGAACGCAGCGGCGAACGGGGCGCUGAAUAAACAGUUUGACGAAAUGCUUGUUCAUCACAGAAUACUCGCUUUAGAUGUGAUCUUGUACGAGGAACAUCGCCGGCUUUUUUCGUGUUAUCAAGAAGGUUGUGAAGAUAGAAACGAAAGCAUGCUAAAGAUAGGAAUCGUGCAGAAGUCAAACGGUAAAAUCCACUUCAUUCACAGGACUUUCGCGGAAUAUUUCGUGGCUAAAAGUCUAGUCAGCGAAUUGCUACUUCAGUUACGAAAUCCAAACGUAAAAUUUCAAGAGUUAUUCGUCAAAAUCCUGCAGUGCUCCGAAUUUCUAACCGUACACGUUUUUCUGAACAAUUUCCUAAAGGAGGUCCUAGAUUCCAUACCGUCUAAUGUUUUCGAGAAAUAUUACUCCUACACGUGUCACAAGAACAGGAGUAACCAUAAAUUUGUUCAUUUACUGGCGCAGGAGGGUUAUACAGUCAUUUUGCAAUUCAUCCUCAAAUGCGUGGAUUUCAAAAUUAUCAGAGACAAAGAAAUCGACAUCCCCGACGUGCUAGGUCGCAUUUCCUUAAAAAAGAAAAACGUUUUCCAGUACCUCGCGGGGAAAAUCGGUAUCAACAGACAAAAUAAGAAUGAAAAUUUACUCGUGUUUAUACAAACUAUCGUGCAGGAGGGCGGGAUCAACAUCAGGGACCUGUUUGGUCGGACACCGCUGCACUACGCAGCUAACAGAGGCCACUUCGAAACCAUCGACUUUCUUGCCGAGCAAGGAGCAAGAAUCGACAGUGCAGACAAAAACGGACAAAUCCCGCUGCAUUUCGCUGCCUUGAACGGUCACUUGGAUGCGGUGAAGUUGCUUCACGGACUGGGCCAAGAUGUCAAUACCGGAGACGGUAAUGGUCUCACGGCACUGCAUUUAGCUGCACGGAAUGGUCACUUGAAAACAGUUAAGUUCCUUCUGGAACAGGGCGCAGAUUUCAAUGCCGGGGAUUUUCACGGUAGAACACCACUGCAUUUUGCUGCCUCGUAUGGUCACUUGGACUCGGUCAAGUUCCUCCUCGAGCGGGGUGCCGAUUUCAAUUUUGGAGACAAUUACGGACGAACGGCAUUGCAGUUUUCCGCUUGGAAAGGUCACUUGGAUACUGUCAAGUUCCUUAUUGAAUUGGGUGCAGAUUUUGUUGCCGGAGAUAAUGACGGCCUGACCGCACUGCACUUAGCUGCAUCGAACGGUCACUUAGACACAGUCCAGUGCCUUCUCGAACUUGCCUCGAGUCUCUCGAAAACCUGUGGCGAUGUCAAUGUAAAAGAUGUGAACGGUCGUAUGCCACUGCAUUUUGCUGCCUCGAACGGUCACUUGGAGACGGUCAAAUUUCUUCUUCAGCUAGAUGCCGAUUUCGGUAUUGGAGAUGGAGAUGGCAACAUGGCACAGCAGCUCGCUCUUGCUAAGGGUCACCUCCAAAUUGUCGACUACUUUGAGGAUAGGAAUAAGAAGGAAAUGUAGAGAGGUGAUGAAAAAAUGGGUCAGUCAUGAAGCCCUUAUGCUCACCCUGACCAUUUAACAAUUACUUCUUUCAACCCGACGUCCAACUCAACAAAGUCCACUACUUUGAGUGUAGUAAUAAGAAAGAGAAUUGCCGAGUACUUUGAUAGUAGGUAUAAGAGAGGUGACGUAAAAGUGGAUAACUACCGAAAUUCUUAUGCAAAGCUUUACCAUUUACCUACUAUUUUAUUUACUGUAAGGUGCUUUUUGACUUUGACUUUUCAACCCGACAUAAAAUUCAAUAAAGAAGCAAAUCUCUGACGUAACAUGUUUUCGAAACUUCAGAGAUGAUGGAAAUAUAAUAGUAAUCCAUAAUUUUGAUAAAGCUGUUCAAAAAUGGAUUCGUUCACAAGUUAUUGCCAUGCUCGCUGUUAAAAGAGAGUAUUUUUCACUGAUUAUUUCCUUGGGAUCUACGCUUUGGUCAAAACCCUAAUAUCUAAUAAA